AUGCAAAUACAUCAGAAGAGAUUCCUUCCCCAGUGCUCAGUGCGGAGCAGGCUCAGGCAGGAGCGCAGCAGGAUGAGGCUGAUUGUCUUGCUAGCCGUGCUUUACAGUGCAGUGAGCAGCAGCAUUGUGCUGCAGAAAAUGUAUGGGAGGAUCACGUCCCCCAGCUUCCCAAAUGCCUACCCAAAUCACAAGGAGAGAAUCUGGAAUAUUACUGUCCCCAAGGGAUAUUCUGUCCGCAUCUACUUCACCCAUUUCAACCUGGAGUUGUCCUACCUGUGUGAAUACGAUUAUGUGAAGCUGAGCUCUGGUGGGAGGACCUUGGCUACGCUGUGUGGGAAGGAUAGUACAGACACAGAAGAGGCUCCGGGCAACAAGAUGUACAUCUCCAAUGACAACAACCUCAUGGUAGUGUUUCGGUCUGACUACUCCAAUGAGAAACCGUUCACAGGCUUUGAGGCCUUUUACGCUGCUGAAGAUAUCGAUGAGUGCAAACAGCUGUUUGAUGGGGAACCCCUCUGCAAUCACCACUGUCACAACUAUGUGGGGGGCUACUAUUGCAGCUGUCGGAUUGGCUACACACUGCAUGAAAACAAGAGGACAUGCACAGCCCACUGUCAGAGUCAGGUUUUUACUGAAAGAACUGAAGCAAUCACCAGCCCUGACUGUCCAGCACCUUUUCCCCACCUCAGCUCUUGCAGCUGCAGUAUCCAGGUGGAAGAUGGCUCCCCGGCCACACAGGAGUUCCUGGAGACCUUUAAUGCAGAGACACACCCAGGAGAUGCCCCACAGUUUGUUUGCCUUCGCUCAGUCUUUUCAGGUUAAAACACCCAAAAGCAAUUUGACCCGUUCUGUGGAAAGACUUUGCCUGGAAGAGUUGAGACACAGGCUAGUGUUGUGAAUACUGCUUUAAUUACUGAUAUCUUGGGAGUGCACACUGGGUGGAAGAUGAAAUACACAGCAGCACGUUUGCCGUGUCCCAGUCCUGAAGCACCACCCCAUGGUCACAUCGCACCAGUGCAAGCACAACACAGUCCGGGCGGCUGCCGUCCUCUCUCAUGCAGCAAAGCGGUUCAUUUAGUGAAGACAUUUUAAGCAAAUAAAAAUCUAGUUAUUUCUUUUGUUACGGAGUGCCAAAAGGCUGCUUCUUGGAACAAACCGAUGGCAAAGUGCAUCACUGUUGACUGUGGGCAACCUGCAGAUGACGGCGGUGCUGUUACGUGCGUUAUGGGGCCUGAGGAGACCACCAGCAGUGCUGGAAUUCAGUCCCAGUGUGAAGCCCCCUUCGGCCCCAGGAAAGGUUGUUUGUGGAACUGUGGAGCUCACACAUGGAAGGGAGCCAAGCCCGGAGCAUUUCCCUGGCAAGUGAUGGUAAUUACAGCACAAGGAGGAUGAGGAGGAGGUGGUGAUUCUCUUUCAAAAGAUAACUUGCUUCUAACAGCUGCUCCUGUUGGAGCUGAUCAAAGAGACCCCUCAGCUUGGAGGAUUAAAUUGGGGAUUUUGAACAAACGCUUACUUUGCUACAAGAAAAAUGACGCCCAGGCAGAAAACUUUAUUCAUGAAGGUUAUAAAAACGAUCUUGUCAACUUUGCCAGCGAUAUCGCAUUGGUUGGACUGGAGCAUGAAGUCUCUGUUAGUGCCAACGCACCCGUUUGUUUACCAGAAGACGACAGAUUGCAAAUGAGAGCAAAUGAUGGGGAGAACCAAGACGAGGAACUCCUGCGGUGCUGCUGCGGCACCCACAGAUGUGUGCGCAAAUAA